UCAAGUCGAAAAUCUGAAAUCGGGCUGAACUUGUGAGACUCGCAGGUGUUCACUAUUUUAGGAAGACUUAAGCGAAGCUGACCAGGUGAGAGGAUGUAGUGGCCAGAGCUUGAAUGUCUGACCAGUCCAACUGGUGAAACUAUGUAGAACUAUUGAGGGAUACAGGUCUCUCCACAUGACUAUCGCACCUUUCUUGCUGUUAUGUCACAAAGUUCUCAGGCGACAUCGAGUGCCCCCACCAGACCAAUGGUAAAGGAGACAAAUAAGGAAGGCAGGAAGCAGCUGCCAUCCAUCCCCGACACACAGACUCAGGCCCACAUGGCUGCCCGCCCCAAACAGCACGGCUCCAUCGUCAAGGCCAACACAAACAGUUAUGGACCUUUCAUGCUGGAAUACUCCCUCAUGGCUGAGUAUAAUUUGCUGAUGCAACAGAUAAUACCCGGUUGUUACGUGAUACCCUCAGCAAUGUCCUCCUUGGUGUGGUAUGGGGUACUGUUUAUCAGACAAGGCCUGUACCAGGAGGGAGCCUUCAAAUUCACUGUUAUAAUUCCAGACAAUUUCCCUAAUGGGGAUUGUCCUAGUCUAGUCUUUGACUUACCGGUCUUUCAUCCUCUGGUUGACCCAUUAACAGGACAACUAGACGUCAAGCGUGCAUUCCAGAAAUGGAGGAGGAAUGUGAACCAUGUGUGGCAGGUUCUGUUGUACGCACGACGAGUUUUCUUCAAAAUUGACAGCAAGUCGCCGCUCAAUAAGGAGGCUGCUGACAUGUACGAAAGUGACCUUGAGUCUUUCAAAAAACAAGUUGCUGAAUCAGUGCAGAAGAGUAAGGAACGACUGAAUGAUCCUGUAAAGUCUGAUGAUCCUCAUUGCCUCAGGUUUAGCCCUUGGGAUCCCUCAAUACAUGAGGACACCCGGCAACAAAUGCUGAAGAUGAAGGUAAUGGGGUCAGAUGUAGAAAAAAACUCUUCCACUGAUGCUGUUCAUGAGUUGAGUGAAAGCGAAAGUGAUAAAGGACCUAGAAAUGGGGCCCCUUCACCUGGUGUUUCCAGUAAAGGUCUGUCAUGGAUGAAACCAGGAAGUGUAAAGAUAUUCUCACGUGACGAUCCAGCGUUGGCAUAACGUUUCAUUGGUCUCCCCAAACCAUUUCUGUAUAGGGGCUUUUCCAGGGGGAUUCUGUGUGCCCAGAUACAGUGUCUGAUACACUGAAUCAGUCGACUUCUGUAGUGACUUGCCUGGUUGAUGAAGCUGAAAUUGUGUGUUAAUAUUAAAACAAUUGACUACUUCAGGAUAAAUGCUGACAAAGUGUGAUUCUCCGGAUUGAAAAAUGGCGGAUGAUAUUACACAUGGAAAAUUGUGGCUGUGAAGAAGUGUGAAAUGUUUACAUGUUAUUUCAUCACUGUAUCUUGCCCAUGUGAUUGUGUUUCUUUGUAAUACUCAAAUCAAUUUAAAAUAUUGCACAAACAUGUGUAUCAGCAAGUGUGCUGUACAGAAGUUGGUCUGUUCUGUGUAAAAGAUUUGUACAUAAAUCAUGCUGGACAGAGACUGCAACAAGAACAGAGAAAGUGGAGGAUGUAUUGGUGUACACAGACACUGUCAGAAAGUCAGUCAUUUCUCUUACUGGUUUUACAUUUACAAUUUAUUGCAUCAACUAUAAAAACGGUGAAAAUGAAAAAAAAAACACCUUAAAUUUCUUAUUGUGAAGUGUGGGAGGAAGGAGGUGGAAUAUAAAACAAAGUCGAUAAAAUUUAUGUUCAAUAAAAGUCAAGUGGUACUAGAUUUAACUUUUUAACAUUGCCUGAAUAUGACUGGCAAUAUCAUACGUUUCAGGCAAAUCAUUGUACUUGAAGCACAUUCAUCACUGCUUUUCACUUGCAAUACUUGAAAGUCUGUCAUUCCCCCGUUUUUGUUCUAUAUGGAUAUCAUUAGAAGUUUACAUUUAAUUUAGAUUUAAGAAAUGGGGAUGGGGGCGGGGGGGUGUUAAAUAGUGCUAAUUAAGAUGUGCCUGAACGGAGUUUAUUAAAAAAAAAAACCAAGCAAGCAUAACUUCACUUUCUUAUUUCAAUAUAUGAUUCCAAUAGAACUCAUAUCUUCCUUUGACUUUCCAAACACAAAAUACUAUGUAAUAUUUGAAAUCUAUCGUUCAGUAUGAUAUAAAUUCCUCUGCUUAGACUGAUCUCCUUUCUUCUUACAAAAGAAACAAUCCAAUCCUUACCAAUGUCAGUUAAUAGUUUGAGUAGAAUUCUGAUGAGUGGGUAUUGAAAUGAAGUACUUAAAUAUUCCCAGAAUACUGGUGUUGGCAUUGAAUUUAUAGAUUUUAUCAACAGGUGUUUUUUAAUUAUCAAUUAUUUAAUUGUGUUGUGAAGUUCCUUUUUCCAUUUUGUGGCAGUUUCUUUUUUUGCUUUAAAUGUAAUUUGAAUUUACAGAAAGUAACCAAUUAAGAAUAUUUAUCAAUGUAAUCUUAGGAUUGAAAUCAGACUGCAGUAGCAAUACAAACCUGGAAAGUUGAACUUAUUACUGUGAAGAUCAAAAGUAGAAUUUUCAUUCAAGGUGUUGCAUAAUUGCCGAGUUAAUAAUAUAAUUUUCUCAAAGUUGGGUGUAUCCUUGGCCUGUAUACUCACUGUGGUGAAAUGAAAUUAUUAUGAUAUUAAAUGGAGCCCCUCACUCGUUAUGAUGUAAUGGAAUAUAGGAUGUUGUGCUUUCUGAGUGGUGCCUUUAAAGCUGUAAAUGACAAUAGGUUUGAUUGUAUGUUUCAUAUACAUUACUACAUGUGUAAGUUUUCCAUAGGUAUACCAGGUAUACAGAGGAAGACGAUAUUAAAUGAGUGCUCUGAUUAUCACUACUGCAACAUUGUAGCCAUCUCUUUUAAUUUGAACAUUUUUCUUCCACAGUCUCGUAUUAAUUUUUGUGGUAUGUGUUGUGAACUGAUUAAACCAGCAUUAAGUUUUCAGUGUUUAUUUAAAUGAAUUAAAAACAAAAUUUUAAAACAUUAAAUUGUUCAUUAUAUUAUGGUUAGUAAAUGAAAACUAAUUCCAUUUUUUGAUGAUAAAACAAAAUUGACAUUUUUCAAUGUUUUUUGCUGGACUUCAGUAAUACUUCAGGGCCGUUUACUUAACCUUGGGUAUCUCUGUAUAAAUCCAUUUAAAUUGCUUUCUAAUAAGACUAUCAUCUCCUUGUUCGGGCAGAUCAGUUCACUAUGUACUCCUAUAACCUCUAUUGGGAGAGCACUUGAAAUCAAGUUUAUGGUGUUCUUGACACAGGGCUGAUUGUACAUUUACAAGUAAAUUUACCCAUCCCUGUACAUGUUUUUUUUCUUUAUAUUGUCCACCAUACAUAUCCUUUUUUUGUCUUUGUACUUAAUUUUUCAUGCUCUAAUAGUGCGUGACUGCUUGUGAUAUUUCCUUAUCUCUGUAUUUAAUUGUGUUUAAAGUUCAUCAUCAGAAAUAAGUAUGUUCUAACAUUUUUCAUUUUGUAACUUAUUUAGAAUUCUUGUGUGUUAAACUGGUGUCAUUUUUCAUUUGAAACAUUCUGUCUAUAAGUGUACUACUGUUUGAUGUUUUUUAUGAGUGAUUGAUUUCAAGUUUGCUUUGAAAAGUAGAUAAUUAAAAAAAAAUUAUGGUUAAGUUUUUGUAGACAAUAAGAAAAAGGUGUAGUUUCAUUGAAAUAUUGAAGUCACAUCAACAAAUAUGUGUAUUACGGUUCUGCAAUAUUUCAAAGUCAGAGCAGGAAAUUUAGAUAUCAAAUGAUUCAUUAAUCCAGAGAGAACUGUGUGAUCAAGCAAAAGUAUUCAGCUCUAUAUAACAGAAAUAUAGUAGAUUCCUCUUAAUGUCAUGCUACUUAUUAUCACUUUGCAGUUAAUAUGUCACCCCAGCCAGAGUCUCUUCUCCAGCGAUAUUAUAUGAGAUGUUUUGACGGAUACCUGGCCAGCGCGAGGCAUCUGUAUAUCAAAAAGAUCUGUUAUCUUGUGUUAAAACCAUAGGAAAUUGGUGUGUCCUUAAAACCUUUUCUGCUCUUUAUCCAUAAAGUCGACAAAUUGAAAAUCCCAUGAAAAUUUCAGAUUUCAUUGUACACAUACCUGUCUCGUGUGUCAGAUAAAUUUUCUUGGAAAUUAUUCGUAAAUUUAACACCUUUGAUAAUAAGGUCUUUGGUGCAAUUCUUAAUGUAUUGAAAACUUACGUCAUUUUGAUGUCUUUUAUUUAAAUAUUCUUUUGUGUUUAAAAGAUUUGUCCAAGGAUUAUUAUGUGGCAUAGUUCUGUUUAACAGGACCUAUAUUGGUUUAUGGUUUAGGGCUAUUGCCAGAAUCACUGCAACUUUUACAAGCAUUUCUUUUAUUUUCUUGAUCAUGAGAGAAAGAAUAAUUGAAUAGUACUCUACACUAGAAGCUGGGAAUCAUUUUGAAAUUCAGUCUUUGUUGUUUUACAAGACAGGACAACCUUAAUUGAUAAGUAAUUUUUUUUUUCAGUGCUCAAAUGUAAAAAUUUCUCUGAUUAAAAAUUGUAUUGUAAAUUUUUGCUAUUAAGAGGUUUACAUGUGUUGUGAGCAGAGAAUAUUUCAUUGUAAAAAUAUCUAUUGGCCAUGCCGGAGGUUAUGGGAUUCCAGACAAUAUUUACUUUGUAUGGCGGAUUAUAUAAUCAUGUACCACAAGGUUACAAGUGGCGAGAAGAUAUUAUGAAGUAAGAUUAAACAAGUUUCCAAAGUUCA